ACCUUUUAGGAGCUGCUGUUUCAUUUGAAUCCAAAGAAAUGGAAAAAUAAGGAAACCAACUUACUGUGCGACAGGAAAUAUACCUACAUUUACUACAAAUACCACAUUUACACAGUACCGUGGACAUCAAAUCAAAUUCUAAUACUUCCAGGUUUGAUAAUCUACACAUUUAUAAAAGUAUUUUUUGAAGUAUUUAUUUAAUAUUUCCUCCAAAUAUUAAAUUCAGGUCCAACCUUUAGACAUGAACUCACUGUCUCCCUCUCCUGAGGUGUUGGUCUGAUAUGGAAACCAUCCGAGUCAUUAACAUUCCCUGCUGUGAUAAGGACACUGAUUACCACUGGAGCUAUUUUCAGUCUCCAUAUACAAACCCCCCACAAACCCAACCACAGGGGGCAGCAUGUUUUUUUUCUCCUGGUGGUAGUACUAAGCCCAAAUAAUUGGUUGUGUCAGAACAGGCAGAAGGUUGAGGGAAGAGUUAAGGGAAGGUCUGGGAAUGAAAAGAAUAAUAAAAACACAUAAGAGAAAACUUACAGCAGGUUAGGUUGAUAAAGGACAAAAGUCCAAAAAAGCUUGAAGUGAUGUUUUAGGAAAAUCAGAGAAAGAAGAGGCCUGGAUGUAGGACAUUGUGUCCCCACCAUUCACUUUCCAAACCAUGUCCCCUCCAGUAUUCCUUUACCAGAAAUAUGUACAAACACACAGUGUGCGUAUACCGUAGUUUUAGUCACUUUUAGUCACCGAGUCAGCCUUUGACUCUCUCCACACUGACUGGACAUUACCAUCUCUCAGAACUUGUUAGGACACAGUAAGGGUGACAUCUAGGGGCAAAAUGGACAAACUGACUUUUUGCAUUACUCGCAUGUUUUAUUGCCCUUAAAUGCUCUUCUUGUCCCACUUUAAAUUUACAUUAAAUUCACAACAUAAUUUAAAGCAAUUUAUCUACAAAUCUACAGUUUUAGUCUAUCAGUUUUUACGUUGUGCUAAUACCACAAAACUUCACGUCAUUCCGCAAAACCAGGGUGUGGUAGAGACGGCACAAAAGAGACGUCCAACUUUCUUUGGUGAUUAUUUAAAUUAUCAACAAAAAAGUGCUUUAAUAAAGUGCUCGGAAUCUAAUACUCUGUAUUCAUAUCUGCGAGUGUGUUUUUAAAUGUUUUUUUGUGAGGCCCACAACUGAAGAAUAGCUCUUUCUAGGUUCUACUGACUACUUCGCAAAAAUGCAGGAAUGUGUAAAAGAGUGUGUUUGUCAGCGAGAGAGAGAGAGAGAGAGAGAAAGAGAGAGAGUGUGUGUUAGUGUGCAUGGGCAGAGUGAGCCAGGAUUUGGAGCCUCUCUUGGGUUACCAUAGUAACCGUGAUGUAAGCUGGGGGGGGUUGCCCGCUUUCUCUUUCAUUGUGUCAGUAUGUGUGUAUCAUUGUGUGUGUGUGUGUUUGUGUCACUGUGGAUAGAGGGACUCCAGCAAAUGAGACAAGAGUAACGACCUAAAAGAGAAGAAAACACAAACGAAGGAGUUCUCACUGGAAAACGACGAGACUAUGACGUUGAAGAAACUAGAGAUCCUUUGUCCAGACUAGACUGGAUCUAGACUAAAUAAAUCUGGACCAAACUCUCAGUCUGACGACCUGGCGAAGCUGUGAGAAACCAUCAUAACACUCUUUACCUUGAUGACAUCACCAUUACUGCACCAUCAUGGCUGACAGAAAGUACUCCAACGGACCAUCUCCCUCCAUGUCUUCACCUUCACAUCAGAAUGGACAAAUUGGGGAAACAGUUCCCCAAAGUUCUCCACUCCCUCAUCAAAAUGGUGUAGUGGACCAAUUCGAAGGAGCCCAAAGUUCUGGUACCGGUUCUCCUGUCCUUCAGCAUCUCCGUUCUAGCAGCAGGACAUCAGACCCCCCCUCACAUUUCAGAGCCCUUGGAGAUUUUGUGACAUCUGUACGAGAGGCUGCCUUUCCCAGACCCAGGGGUCAAAGCCUUGGUUCAUCUUUAAGUUCCAGAAUGAGAACAGCUGCCAGAGCCAGGCGUCGGGGCAGCCAGCAGGAGGAACCGGAAGCCUUACUAGACCUGAUCCUGGAGUCCCAGGGUCAGAGACUGAACGACCAGAGAGCGAGUCUCAGUUUGCUGCCCGAUCCAGGAGCAGCUGCUCUGUGUGAAACCUGCAACCUCAACCAGCCCCAUGCUCCCACUAUGGACUUCUACUACAUGCUUAUAGAUUAUCAGUCUGACAGAAUGGAGGACCAGCGUUGUUCCCUCCCAGACCUGGAGGAUGUGGCCGGGCUCCUUCCUGACGCUCAGGAGGAUUUCUUCAGUCUUAUCCACAGAGUCCAGUCUCGGAGGAUGGAUGAGCAGAGAGCCUCAGUGCUGAUGUCACCCACAGAGGACAACAAUGACAAUCACUCAAGCAUCUCCUCUGGGCGUCAUCAUCAUCAUCAUCACUGAUGAGCACCACGGUCUGGAGGCACAGAGGCUGUGUACAAUUUCUGUGUUUCCAACAACACGAUCUGAUUCUUCCUUCGGUGUAACAACAGGAUUCAGUGGAACCAGGGUCUAAACGUCAGUGCGGAUGCAUGGAAACAGUGGUUCCGUGUUCUCCUCUGGUCCAUUAACUGUCGUGUUUUGCUCCUUAUUGUCAUUCUGUCAUUCUUCAUCCACGUGGAUGAGAUAAUCUCAUAUUAAAUUAACCAGAAGUGUUCAAACUGGUCCAGAUCAUGACUGAAACAAGACCUAACAAACAAGCUUACGUAGGUUAUAUGUUCAGAUCUGAGGAAUUUCCACACUGACAUCAGUAACUACAAGUUGUCUAGACUUUGAAAAUGUAAGGUGUAAAGAACAUUGAAUGGUCCUACAUGGACCAGCCGUACUGUCCUCUGGUUGUUGUUGUAAACCUACCUAACAAUUAGUAAAUCUUGGAAAAUUAAAAUUUUCUUUUGGA